AUGGUCGACGACGGUCGCUUUCUCCAGGGCGAUGCAAGGGACCUCAUCGCGAAGGGCCAAAUGACCGAGGAUGAGUGGCGCAUGCUGCAGCGGGACGCCAAGUCGGUCAAGGUCAACCUCCACCAACGGAUGCUGGCGCAGCUUGACCGCGAGAUCAGCACGGCCAUUGCGCGCCAGCCCACAGACCAAGUCCUCGAGACAGAUGUUGUGGCCGCCUUCACCGGUGGGCUCUUCGGCGCUGCAAGCGCAUUUUUUAAGACACCUGUCGCGACGCACGAUGCGCCCGUGUCCAAAUCGGCGUUCCUCUGGGCGACAGCGAAAGAAGCGGGUCUCAGGUCGAUGGAAACCAACCAGAAAAUCCGCGCCGUCGACUACCUCAAGCUGGAGCACAUCAGUGGGGACAUUUCGAAUUGCGAGCACGUCGUGAUCGCUGUGAAUGGCUUUAUGACGCACGGCGUCGACCCAACGACCAACUGGGCGACCUACUGCCAGCGCAAGAACGUCGCGUGCUACGUUGUCUUGUGGGAAGCUGGGAACAGCGCCGAGUGGGAAAACUUUGUCGCGCAGGCCAAAAGCCAUCUCGCGACGGGCCUCGAAGACGUGAUUGCGACCCACUUUACAGGCAACCCGUGGAACCGGGCCAAGAACAAGGCCCACCAAGUCGGACAUAUCCUCGCCGAUGUGCUCCGCAUGCACCCGACACUCACGCGCGGCCGCAAGGUGACGCUUCUCGGCCACUCGCUUGGCGGCGCGGUGCUCUAUAGCCUCCUCGAUCGUCUCGCAGCAGAGAAUGCAACGUCGCCGUAUACUCGCUUUGAUCUCCAUCGCGUCGUCUUCUUUGCCGGUGCGUUUGUGCCCUCCCACGACUUUAGCGCAGUGGCCGCCACGGCCUUUGCCGACAUGCGCCGCGACCGGAUUCUCAACGUCUACUCGACGCAAGACUGCGUCUUGAACAAGCUCUUCCGCGCUAUGACGUUUCUUCAGACGCAUCACCCGCCCGCCGGCUGCACGCCCAUCGAGUCACCCUGGGUAGCCAACGUCGACGUCUCGAUGCUGCUGCCGUCCGAGCCGCACACAGCGAUGGGACACAGCUACGAGUCGAUCAUGGACUGCGUGUGCGACCGCCUCGAUGGCAUUUGGGACCUGCCCAACGCCAGUAACAGUAGCAAGUACUAG